AUGGCUUCAGCACAGCCGGGGGAGCCCUCCAGACCGGAAACUGACUACGAACGAUGGCUGCGCGGACAGGACGAGAAAUACAGGCCCGGUGCUGAGCCGGUAUACGGACCAGGUGAUUCCGUUGGGGACAGCGGAUCCUCCAUGCACUACUCGAAGAUAUUCAGCAUAAUUCUGGCGGUGCUGCUUAUUACCCUGGCCGUCAAAGCGUUCCGAAAACGCCGCAACCGAGGUGUCUGA